CCGACUGAGUUUGAUUUCACAGAUUCGUUAGAUUGGAAAGCUAUAACAUCCAUAUACAGACAUCGCAAGGUUUGUAGGGAAUUAAAUUCACUGUUUCAAAGAUGUCGGAUAAGAACCUAAAAGCUAUAUUAUAUCAACAGGGUGAUAUUCGUCUGGAAGAUUCAGAUAUUCCAGAACCUGGAAUGGGUCAGGUUCAGAUAUGUGUUCAACAUGUUGGUAUAUGUGGUACCGAUGUACGUUAUUGGCAAGAGGGGGCUAUUGGGGACAGUGUUUUGAAGAUGCCUGUCACCUUAGGUCACGAGGCCGCGGGAAUAGUAAGCAAAGUGGGUAGGACUGUCACAUCUCUGAAAGUAGGUGACAGAGUGACAGUUGAACCAAUAACGUCAUGCAAGAUAUGUAAAAACUGCAAAAGUGGGCGGUACAACCUUUGUUCAGAUAUAAAAUUUAGCGGCUUCCCACCUACACAUGGAAGCUUGGCACGUUAUAUCGUGCACACUGCAUCAUCUUGUUACAAGUUACCGGACCAUGUUAGCACUGAAGAAGGAGCUUUGCUUGAACCUUUGUCUGUUGGUGUCCAUGCGUGCCGCCGAGCGGGUGUCAAACUAGGCAGCAAAGUCCUGAUAUGUGGCGCAGGGCCGCUUGGCUUACUGACUAUGAUGACAGCUAAGGCAAGUGGUGCUGCCAAAGUUUGCAUCACAGAUCUGGAUGAAAGACGAUUGAACAUGGCUAAACAGUUGGGCGUGGAUUAUGCGCUUAAGGUCAAUUAUAAGGAACCCAAGGAAAUAGCCGAACUGGUGGAACAAUAUUUUGGUGACAGAGCCGAGAUAACAAUAGAGUGUAGCGGAGCGCCCUCUUGCGCCCGAACGGCGAUUUAUGCUACGAGAUCGGGUGGCUGUGUCGCUCUAGUUGGUAUUGGACCAUCAGAUAUAACGCUGCCUAUACUUGAUGCCGCAGUCAGAGAGAUUGACAUCCGGGGUGUCAUGGGAUAUGCUAACUGCUACGGGACCGCACUAGAGAUGGUAGCGUCAGGUCAAGUGGACGUGAAGCCUCUUAUCACACAUAUAUUUAGUUUAGAGGAAACAAUGAAAGCCUUUAGGUCCGCCAUCACUGGCGAGGGCAUCAAAAUUAUCAUCAAAUGUAGCAGAAUAUAGUAAUACUACAUGACAGAUGCAUGCACAGAACAUCAAAGGAAUAAUUCUGCCGGUCAAUCUCAGAGCAAUAUUCUCUGAAAGUUUGAAAUGAUAAAUGGUAUCUAUAGAGACAGAUGCAUCCAUAAUAAAAGUUUGUGUGACAGUUUCAAUAAAUUU